UUUUCAUUCAACUUACAAUUACGGACAAGUUGCGGUAGGUACAAAUUUUUGCGUGUUUAAAAUUAAGUUUAAGUUCGAUGAAUUAUUUGUGACGAAAUUAGUGUAGUGAAAAUGACAUUUAUAAAUUAAGAUAACGGUCAAUUCGGUGUUAAAAUAAGUCUUUUGUUUAUUAAAGUGUAUUAUAUUAGUGAGUAUUAUGAACUUUGAGGACUAUGAAACUCUACCGACCCAGAAUUCCAUCACACACAUGACAGCCGGAGCAAUCGCAGGGGUGAUGGAGCAUUGCGUCAUGUACCCAUUGGACUCGGUCAAGACGCGAAUGCAGUCCCUGCGGUCCGCUCACAACGGCAGUAUAGUGGAGACCUUCCGGUAUAUGGUGCAGCGCGAAGGCUUACUAAGGCCGGUUCGAGGUAUGUCCGCAGUUGUAGCGGGUGCGGGGCCUGCGCACGCCUGCUUCUUCGCGACCUACGAACAAAGCAAACACACGCUGUCCCAGCUGACUAGGCACAGACAUGAUCACAUCACACAUGGUGUAUCUGGGUGCCUGGCGUCUCUGGUGCACGACGCAGUCUCCAAUCCCACGGAAGUUGUGAAGCAGCGGCUACAGAUGCUGAACUCCCCUUACCGCGGCGUGUGGGAAUGCGCGCGGCACGUGUACCGGGCGGAAGGUGCGCGUGCGUUCUACCGCUCGUACGGCACGCAGGUGGCCAUGAACGUGCCCUUCCAGGCGGUCCACUUCGUCACCUACGAGUGGUGGCAGUCGCGGUUGAACCCCACUCGCACAUACAACCCCAGCGCUCAUCUUACCGCCGGUGCGUGCGCGGGCGCUUUAGCUGCAGCCUCGACAACACCCUUAGACGUCUGCAAGACGGUUCUCAACACGCAAGAGCAGCGAGGUGCCGAGGGUUUGUCAGCAGCGGCCUCGAUGAUCCUCCGUACAUAUGGACCGCGAGGGUUCUUCAGAGGCGUCACAGCUCGCGUGCUCUAUCAGAUGCCGGCGGCGGCAAUCUGCUGGCUCACCUACGAGACGCUCAAGCACGCACUUACUGUGGUGGAGGUCGGAGAGGAGAGCGUAGCGGCAGCGAGCGGCGUAGCGAGUAGCGGAGCGAGUAGCGGAGCGGGCAGCGGGGCGGGUUCCCCGCUCGCUUGCGCCACACUGCGUCUCGCCGCCGCGGCUGCAGAUGUCAAUGCCCCCGCCCACCCGUAGCAGCCCACCACUACACGAACACACACACAUCGAUAUUACUAUUUAUGUACAUCAUAACGGACAUAAUGUUCACUUCCAAACUUUAUUAGCGUACAGAGAAACAGCUUUUGUUUACACCGAAUUGCAGCGCCACUGUGAGUGUACAAUCUAACAAUUUUUAUAUUGUAUUGCAAAUCGCCGUUGGCCCGUUGGUUGCGAAAUCACUGCGCCAAGUGUAAAUUGGCACUUAGAUUAUUAAAUAAGUAUUUCCGAAUGUCUUAGAAUACAUCCAAGGAUGUUCUUUUUCAUCUUAUAAGAAUUAUUCUAAAUGCUAUAUUAAUUAUGCAAUAUGCGAUUUGACAUAUAGUCUAAAAAAAGAAAUCAUUAUAUCACUUGAUCCAAUGACGGUAUGAAUAUUAUGAUGCUGGUUGAAUUAAUGUGUAGAUGAUAACCUUAUUCGACGAUCCCUUUAUACAGUAUUUACAGCGUGGGUGUAGAAAAAUAUAUCAAUACUAUAGUUUGUUUUUCGGCCACGCGCCAUCGUAAACUUGACAGGUUGUUAUUCAUUCUUACAUCACAAGUAAUAGUUCUAAGUACACUCACAACCGCUCUGUGGAAAUAGAAUCAGUCAACUGGUGGCGAGUGAAAGUCUCUCAUAUUAAUAAUAGAUUUCAGUGAUACAGUAUUAUAAGCAGUCACAAAUACACGCGCACAGAUAACGAUGAAUUGAAUUGAAGUUAAUCGUACAAUACUGCCACUACACAAUAACACAUAUACACACAUUAUCACAUAUUACACACACAUCAUAUAAAAGUGUAGAAAAGAAUCAUUGAACAAUAGUUGUAACAAAGAUGACCUAAUAAAUAUAAAUUAUGUCGAGAAUUAUUAAAAUAAUUAAUUAUCGAUAAACAAUGGAUAUAGAAUUAUUAGAAAUGCCAGCAUGAAUAGAGGAAACAUGAUUUGCUCUAAAUAAUCUUACUUGGGAUAGUGUUAUUAAAUGACGUUAUUUAGAAUGCCAUACUACUCUUGUCAUUACUAAACUACACUUAAAUCAAGAGAUUAUUUUUGAAAAUAUUCAGAAAUAUUUAAAAUUAUAGGCAAAACGUGUGUGUGUGUAGUUAAGUACUCACGUAAACAACGAAGUUGUAUUUCUUUUGCGUUGUUGUGAAAUUAUCUUUUCAUGCAUACUAACUACCAAUAAAUGCUUGAAUAGGUAUACGAGUAAAUUGGAAACAGCGUAAUAUUUCGUCACACAAUAAAUAAACACAUCGCUUUGUUUUCUAAGAACGCGCCCGAAGAAAUAAUAUUUGGAAAAGUAUUUUUGUACGCACAAAUCUCAAUCACAUAUGAAUAAUAGUAAUGGUUUGGCACAAAGGCUGGGUUCACAACUAAUGCUACUUAUUAACGAAAGAGAUUGCGAGGCGACGCAAGAGAAGGUAGACCUUUCGCUUUCGUUCGUCGUUGCACUUUAUAUGUGGACAAGGCCUAAAGAUACAAGAUAGACACACAUUUUCACAACUUGUGACUGCAGUACUGUUCAAUAUGUGUUAGUUGACGAAACAGAUUUCAUAUGACAAGAUAUAAUACGGUGCCGAUACGAACGAUUCGAUAACCUUCCGAUCAACUUCGUCGUAAAUAUUAGUGUGGGUGAGUGUGUGUGACUGUUUGUGUGAUUUAAAAUGUUGUUAAUAGUUUUGUUGUUGUUUAAAUAGAAUAUAUUAUAUUGGAUAUAUUUUUGGUUAUGUGUUUCUGUUCCGAAGAGGCUUAUACUGUACGAGUCAAAGGAGUCGAUCACACAAAUUCACUUUUUAUUAUAUUUAAAAUUAAUUUAAGCAAAUUUUCCAGAGUUGAGAAUAUUUUAUUAUUUAUUUUACAUAUCGGUUUCAUUCGAACAUUAAUAAGACUUCGAAGUGCAGUUCCUUCAGUAUUAUUAAUUUUACUUUAACACACGUUAUUAUAUUUUUAAUGAACUGACUCGUGCAGUGUAACACGCGUGUUUGCGUGUGUGCCUGCGUGUGUGUAGAAGUAAGCUGUGAUGUUACGAAUAAAUUUAUUCUACGUAAUAAUAAAUGUAAUGUACAGUGUUGAUAUUAAGUACUUAUUAUUGUAUUGUUUUCAUUAUUAUUAAUAAUAAUAAACGUCCAUCACUUUGUUUCGAACUCGAAGACACACCGCGUUCUAUCAAUAUUGACAUUUUCUGUUGCGUUUUAUUUAUGUUAUUUUUUUUUAUAAAUAAUUUACUUUUCGGGGCUAUAUAAAAUUGUGAGUUUGUAUUUUGUUUGGGAAUCCUGUUAUUGUGGUGACGUAGUGUUGUGUGUGUGUGUGUGAAUGUGUGUGUGUGUGUGAUAAGCGGUGUAGGGUCAUUGGAUGUUAGGUGAGGACGAAGAUCAUAGAUAUCUUCGUCUAAACUCUAUGGAAAUUAGAAUCUAUGAAUUUCAAAUUUAAUUAUUUUUGUACAGUCACGAAGCGGUGAUAAUUAAGGAUAUUGAGUGACUGCUUUGAAGGAGAGAGUACCACAUGUGCUUCUCGUGAGUUCAUGUUCUUAACUUUGUUUCACGUAUAGACAAAUUGUGGAAUUACUUGCAUGGUGUUUGUUAUAAAAAAUAAACAAAGCGUAUACAAACUAAAUCAGUACUUUUGUUUAAUUCUUCCGUACUUUUUUUUAGCUUUGUGUGUCAGUUACAUACUGUGUAACAAUCAUUAAAACAUAAACGAUCUUCUUAAUGACACCACAGACUGGGAGUUAAGCGGACACCCUCAGGCUCUUUAAUUAUAAAUGUUUAUUGAACGAUAUUACAUUGUAAUCCAUAUUUAUUAUAAAAAAGCCCGCUUAGUUUCUUCUUGGGCCCGUUCUUCUCAAGUCUGAGGCAGUCUAUUUUGAAUGGGUGGUAGUUUUUGACGUUCAAUAAAUGAUUUUGAAUAAAAAUAUUUGAAUUUAAAAGAAUCGUGGUCAUUUUAGAUGUUAUUUUUUUUUCUAUUGAAUAUUAUAAGUCUUGGAAGCGGCUUUCUCCCGAUUAUACUAAGCGGGGUUGCCAAAUUGGAAGCUUUCCAACGAAUUUAAGCCGCACAUUAAUAACAUUGCUAAAAUCCUAAAUUUAUCUCCGCUUCGCGACUUAUACUGUGGUGUUAAUUAACGCGAAGUAAAGUUAUUCCAAGUUUAAAACUUUUUGUUUUUAUCUUACCUUUGUUACUAUAGAAUUACAUUACAAAAAUAAAAUUUGUAAGCAAAAUUUAUGAACGAUGCCGGACUUGUACCCGCGACCUAUCGCGUUCCGUGCGAACUAAGCCAACCGUUCCAAUGACGUAUCGUUGUUAAAUUCUACUCAUAGGUUGUGGCUUCAUCAGGUAUCAGAGCGCUCGCACGGAACGCGAGAGGACGCGGUUUCGAGUCCCGCAUCGUUCCUAAAUUUUGCUUUCAAAUUUUAUUUGUGUAAAUAAUCCCAGAAGGUUAUCACUUUAAAAAAAAACUACAAAUUGUACUGAAUUACAUGACAGCGAGAAGUAAUUUUAAACUUUGAGUAGCUUUAAUUGCGUUUGUAACACAGUUUUUUUCUGACUUGAAUCGGGAAUCAUUACUUUAUAUACAAAUAUGGAAGCUCAGUGAUUUUGUGUAGAGCGGCCGGACUAAAUAGAUAUUGUCGAGGAUUUUUGUAUGUGAUGGCGUGGAAAUUAAUUAUGUAGCCAAUCUGUUUUGGAUUAUUUAAGUUACCGAAAUUGUGUGUAAAUAGAACCUUCAUUUUAUUAUGUAUUUAUGUACACGGAUGAUAUUAUUGUUUGUAAAAUUACUUCGACGUACUCUGGUGUAAGUGAGAAGAGGCACCUUUUGUAAAAUAAUUAUUGUUUUCUCAGCUUUCUUGAAACACUGUGAGGCUGUGAUUUGUACAUGUAUAAAUUGAGAAGGUUGACUUCAGAAAUCGCCGCUGCGGGAUUUUCUCGAAAAGUACCGGACUAUUUAUAUGAAUCGAGUCGAGAAAUAAAAUUAUUGUCAAUAAUAUUUUAUAAUAGUAGCUCUAGUGAGACUAGACAUAGCGCAAAGCCUAAAAGCGACCAUCAAUUAAGUGCGUCUGUACAUAAUGAUAUGUAAUGUAGUUAUAUAUAUUUAUCAUGGAUAAGCUUAGAGUAUUUAACCAAAAAAGAGGUCAUGCGCUUGAAGGGAGGGAAUAAGUGGGAGGAGACACUGGCCUGAAAUUAAAAAAAAAAUAUUAGGUGCAUAAACAAUUACUCACACAACAAAAACUGCGUGAAAAUGUAUAUAAAAGAUAUUCAGAAAGCAGGCCGUUAAUACCAUCACUAGGUAGCUAAAUACUCUAAGUUAAGAUAUUGAAAUAAUAAAAACAAUGUUUAGUUUAAAAUUCGAAUUUGUUCAGAUUGUCUGCGUACAAAUCGUUAACAUUUUAUCACAGCACUCGCCGAUUGGACGGAUCGAGUGUGACGUCAUAUUGAGGUCCUGCAGCGUGUUAUUUAGAGAUGGAUGUAAAGUGUAAAUUAUUGGUACGUGAGAUUGGAAUCCCGCGGGGAUCAAAAACUGAGGUGCUAAGUCGGUAAGCGCAGCUCGCUCAUAGUUUCGCGCUUCUUUUACAGUAUCUGUCUACAACGAGUAUUUAAUUGAAGGCAUAGACAAAGUGUCAUGGCGGAUGUCGCUGUCAAAAUGGCGCCCGAAUUGCAAACGCUAAUUCAUAAAAACUAUAAUAUGAAAAAAACUAAAAUAUAUAAUUUACAUCAGAGUUAACCUAAUUUAAUGGAAUAAUUACAUUCUUGUUGAAUACUAGUAAAAUAAAGAUUUUGUGUUGUUGCAUGGCGGCCAUUUUGAUUUAUAUUACUUUUUGCAAUAGUUAUCAAGUACACAGUAUAAUACUGCUCAACCUUUACCGAAAUGGUAGUAAAUGUAAAAAGUAACGAAAGCUUUCGACAUUUAUAAAUGUUUCCUUGACCUACAUAUAUAAAGUGAUUUUGAUUUGAUUUAAUACACCGUAUGAUAUACGGCCCGUUGAAAGAAUGACGGGAAAGCGUUUUAGUAUUAGUAAAAUUACCUUUGGUUGGUUGCUUUAUCCUAAGAGAGUGUUUUAUUUUCGCUAUAAUUGAAAAUAUUUAAACCUUAUCUGUUAGAAAUACACUUGCGGCCUUACAAAUAAACUUGGUAUUAAGUUAUAAUUAUAAUAAAACUUUAUUUUCAAGUAACUACAGACUUAACAUCAUGUUAGUUAGACUUAAAAAACUAUGUUAGUACAAAAACAUAAUCUUAACUACUUACUACUAUUAUUUGAGUUACUAUUGUUCCAUUCCAUUAGAGAUAGAGCAACAGUGACUCAUAUAUUUGCAGUCUACAGAAACGAAGGAAGAACCCUGACGCAGUAUUCCUGAGAAUAAACCAAGAAUAUGCAAAAUGUUUACAAAUAGACAUAUUGCUUAUGAUUGGUUUAUUCUUAACGUUUCCCGCGUUUAUUUGCAAUGUCAUUCGGAAAACUGCAGAAUUAUCAUUGUAUUGACAGUGUUGUCAGAUAUAUAAUCAACAUUUUGUAUAUUUAUGGUUUAUUUUUAAGGCCGUUUGUGUCAUAAUAGCAUACAAUACUCGUUGUGGACAGCUAUAUGUUAUGUAAAGCGAUAUGUAGUUGUAUAUUAGAUGUAGUAUGAUAAUGAGUGAGCCACGCUGGGGUUGUUGUAAAUGUACAAGACCAAUUUGACUUGUAGACACAUAAAAUCAUUUUACAUUACGGACGCGACUGUUUUGGUGCGAUUAAAGUACUUUUCGGUAUCAUUAUCAACUUAAUAUUUUUUUAGCAAUGGCUGGAAUACAUUGUCCCUUUGAAGCCGUGAAGUUUUUGAUGUGUUAACGUACAAUAGAUAAUCAUAUCCAAACUAAUAUUAUAAAUGUGAAUGUACGUUUGUUUGUAGAUAAAAACACUAUGUCGAAAACUAAUUGACAUGUGCUUGACAACAGCUGCGUGCCCCGUACUAUAACACGCACGUGGCGAUAGCGAUGCCCCUCUUAUUAGAACCGGUAAAUCAUUCACAGUCUCAAAAUAACGUUAGUAUAAAGUAUAAAUUUCCAGGCAACUUGCUGCGGUGUGCGGUCGUGUUUCCUACAAGUCAUAUUGGUCAAGUACACGUUAGGACGUUAUGGACCGUCAAUGUAACAAAGAGAACACAAAUAAACAGUUGGACAAUA